GUACUCUGAAAUGGAUGUAGUAGAAAAACUGCGUGCUGAAAAAGCCAGGCCCGAGAAUGAUACCCUAUCCCGUGCCGCGCGUAUAAUCCGAAAUUCUUCAUUUUCUUAACAUUCAAGUUUCUCCCUCUCUCUCUCUCACUCUCUCAAUCUCUGUUCGCUUCGAAGCUCUUCGCGAAUAAGCCCAAUCCUGUCUCUUUCAGUUGGAUUUUCGAGUUUCAGUUGCUGAGUCAACUCGAUUCUCACUUGGUUCUAUGUUUAUGUAUUUGAGUUGCAUGUGGUGGAUUUUCCAUGGAAACAGUGGUUGGAUUUGUGGAGAAUGGAGGAAACAUUGAGGAAGGCAGGGUUGCGCUUGAUGACUCCACUCUGUCUCCGAAUCAGAUUGCCGACCCAGUUGUAUACAAACUUGUCCGGGUUGACGGUGAUGGCAGAUUUGUUCCUGCCACAGAUGAUGAAGUAAUGGAGGUUGAGGAUCUAAUUGAAGAUGACAAGAGUGAAAAAAUUGCAGAUGCAGGACAAAUUGUAGGAUGCGUACCCACUGAAGGUGCUUUGUUUGGGAAGCCUCAUUUAGAAAUCUCAAAUGAUAUGCCAGGUUUAUCCCAGUCUGAAACCUUCGAAGCUGAUGCAGGAUAUAAUGCCCGAUUGGAGUACAUUGAGGAGGUACUGCAAAAGGUGAAAGAGGAAGAGAGGCUUCGCUUAGCAUGUGGAUCACCUAACCAUGCUUCUGCUUAUGUGAAUGGAGACAGGAAGUGUUCUGAUCAGCAUGGUAGAUUGCCUGUUAUCGAUGAAAAGCUCCAAUCUAAAAUUUCACAGCAGGAAAUUGCUCACUCAAUUUCUCCGAGUUUAAAUGAGAAUCAUGUGAAUGAACAUGAGAGUCUUGGUGAUUGUUUAAAGCAUCCAGAUGAAUUAGUAGAAUCUGAAUCCUCAGAUGCUGUUGGUACUACAUCUAACCCUGAUUUUUCCUUGUUAAAGGGGGAAAUAUGCCUGGAUAAUCUGUCAAUUAGAGAACUCCAUGAAUAUUUCAGAGCUACUUUUGGGAGAGAAACUACAGUUAAAGACAAAUCGUGGCUAAAGAGGAGAAUAGCCAUGGGAUUGACUAACUCAUGCGACAUUCCACCCUCGUCUUUUAUAAUUAGAGAAGGAAAGUUUGUAGCCGGAGGAAUGGAAGAAUGCUCUCAAAAUGUGGAGGGCAUGUCCAAUGUUCCGCUUGUCAAAGCUUUAAAUAUUGAAUGCAAAGGUUCACCAACAACUCACAGUUGGGAAAACAAGAACCACUCUUGCAUUGCUGAUAUGGAACUUGAUCAUGGAAGCAAAGAUCGACUUGAUGAAGAGAGAGCUGCUGUUAAAAGAAUUCGAAAGCCUACUAGGCGGUAUAUCGAAGAACUUUCUGAAGUAGAGUUAAGAGAGCAUGGCCAAAAGGGGGCGAGUUUGUAUAAAAAUGCUCCGUCAGAUGGUACAUCGUCAAGUUCUAUUGCAAGACCUAUUAAGAAAAUCAUCUCUUCAGAUGGGGGAAGAACUAUCAUCACUAGGAUGGAUACACUUGGUGGAUCUGGUUUUCAAGUUCCAUGUGUUUCAAGAGUUCGAAGGAGCCGUCCAAGAAAAGACAUUGAAGCCCUUCUGUUUGCCCCUCCAGAUAAAGAUCAGAAUCCUUCAGUUAAGGACACAGAUCAGAAUACUUCAGUAAUGGACACAGAGGAAGUGGAGAAGAAUUUGGAACCGAAGCUAACAGCUUCUGGCAAUAAUGCAUCAGAUGAUAACGCAGCCAUUGUUCCGACAUCAAAAGGUGGAAUGAGAAGGAAGCAUCACCGUGCUUGGACUCUUGUUGAAGUUAUCAAAUUAGUAGAGGGCGUGUCGAAGUGUGGAGCUGGGAGAUGGUCCGAGAUUAAGAGACUUGCUUUUUCAUCGUACUCAUACCGUACAUCAGUUGAUCUCAAGGAUAAAUGGAGGAACCUGCUUAAAGCUAGCUCGGCUCAGACGCCUGUUGAUGAAGUGGUAAGUUCUCGGAAACAUGUGUCGGUGUCGAUACCUGCACAGAUUUUGUUAAGGGUGAGGGAGCUUGCGGAGAUGCAUGCCCAAAUUGCUUCAAAUCAUCAUCAUGGCCCAGCAGUAGCAGCAGCAGCAGCAGGAGUUACUCCCACAAAUAUGCAUGAGAUGACUUCGGCCGUGUGCUUGUAACAUUCUGCAGCAUCUUCAUCUGAUGGCCAUUGAAGAGGAGCUCCUAAUCUUGAUUAUACAUUCACCAUGGCUGCUAUCUUCAUCGGCUUCGGAAUUGUCAUUUUUUGCUCACUGAUCUGCAUCAUUCUUCAAUCUAACAAUGCUAGACUGGUGUAGUUGCUGUUGCCAUCGCCCCAUCCGCCCGAGUUAACCGAGUUAACCGAUCCAGUUAAGAACAUUGAACAAGAGGUUCCAAAUUUCAUACAGAUAUCAACAUUGGCCUACAAGAAAGACAAUGAGAAUGAGUAAACUAAUACUGAAACUCUGUGUUUUGUGCUUGUCACCUUUUGAAGAUGGAGAGCGCUUACGGCAGCUUCCCAGCUGCAACCAUGUAUUUCAUGCUCCAUGUAUCGACGUAUGCUAUUGUCACAUUCGGACUGCCUUCCCUAGACCUGGAGGCUUAUAAAAUGAGCUUUCUCCUUGUUAAAUAUGGGAGAGGCAGGGCCACAAAACAUGGUUUAAUAUUUCGAUUGCAUAUCGGAAUAAGAAGAUGCCGAAAGUCAAUAGAAGCUUCUAGUUCU